GUCAUCAUUCUGCCUCUCUAUAGUUGUGCUUCUGCUACUGAUGGGACCGUGAGCGCAGACCUAGCGCCAAGUUUCUACCUGAAUAUAUUGCUAUCAUGAAAAUAUAAGGACUUGAACGACUUCGGUUGUUCCCGUGCUUCGCAGUAUGUCUGCAGCGAUGCUGAGUAGCACCACUACAAACAAGCUGAAUGUAUUGGUUAACAAACUGCACGAGUACUUGGCUCAUUCUUCUGUUGAGGACAGCAAUGGAACAUCGAGCUCAGGGGAUGCAGAUGGUCUGACAAACAGGAGCUGUUCUGUGAGGAACUUGGCAGGUCAUGCUGCGACAGUGGGAGGGGUGGAUACCAAAUACUCAAGAAGAAAACCAUCUGUUGUCAUAAAGCACUCCGGACUGGAUGAAUCUGGGGACUCAAAUGCGAGUGAGGAUGUGGAUUUACCAGUUUGUGCAAAUGGUCGCCUUGACAUCACUAGAUUACCAAAAGGCACUGUACUGGUGAGGCCUGAACCUGUUGAUAAUGGAAGAGAUGACUUCAGGGGUCCUGAGUUUCGCAGCCGGAAAUCAGGCGUCCUGCGGAAAGAGUUUUCGAGAAGACGUGGAGGAGUUGAACACAUGGAGAUUGUCAGUUGCACUGCAUGUGGCCGACAAGUUAACCAUUUCCAGAGAGAUUCCUUCUUUCGACAUCCAGUUCUGAAAGUACUUAUUUGCAAGUCUUGCUACAAGUAUUACUCAAGUGAUGACAUCAGUAAGGAUGGAGAUGGCAUGGAUGAGCAAUGCAGAUGGUGUGCCGAAGGAGGCAACUUGAUCUGUUGUGACUUCUGUAGUAACGCUUUCUGCAAGAAGUGUAUUCUAAGAAAUUUGGGAAGGAAGGAGCUGUCUGGCAUCUUGGAAAGCAAAUGGUACUGCUAUGUGUGUAGCCCGGAGCCACUUUUUGACCUGGUGAUGGCCUGUGACAACGUGCUUGAGAACAUGGAGCAUCUGUGGUAUCAGCAGCGCAGGAAGAACCGAGUGGAGCCGGAGAAAUCUGAACUUUACGCCAUGUUGCCCCACUUGCCACAAAACAUUCCUUUGGAUAAAUGGGAUCACACUGGAAUGGAUGGUAAUGUGAUGUUCAACUAUAACACACUGCAGAUUUCCAAGGAUGUUACCAAAAAGGCCAAACAUUUAGUGGACUCAACAAACAUCUUAAACCGGACAUUUGUCAAUUUCAUUCAUACUGUGACAACAAACAAAGAAGCACCUGCUGUUCGCAAACUGUACCUUAACUCUUUUUUGUCGGUAGUUAAAGGCUUGAGAAAAUCCCUUGCAGCACUCGAGGAUAGCCUGAAGGAAGAAUUCAGUGACUUGGAUGUCAUGAGCUGUUGGGAAAAGUUCUUUAGUGACGACUAUGAUGCAAAACCUGUUACAGCAGCAGACACAGCGUCAGAUAUCCCUGAUAAAAGGUGCUUGAGUGACUUGCAGAAAUUAGCAGCUGAACAUUUGGAAGGUUAUGAUUCUGACUCCAAAGGCUUCACGGUUGGGAGAACUGCACAUGCCUGCCCUGGGAAAACCAUGGAUUCAGAUUCACAUGUAGGUAGACAGAGGCCCCAAAAGAUUGGCCUUAAACCUUCUGAAAGCGGGGUCAACAUGACUAAAAAACUAGUAGUAAAACUUACCCCUGUACCGAUGGAACAGGGGCCAUCCUCUGAUGCCCCAGAGAAGGACAUCCAUGUUAACGAUGAGAAGUCAGAAGGAAAGGAUGUAUCAGACGCUGAAGAGACAGGUGCUGUAGGCGCUAAAGCCGAAAGCAAGAUGAGUAAUGACAACUCUAAUGCAUCUGUACACCCAGAGGAGGAACAAGGCAAUAGACGCUCCCCUCGCGUGAAGACAACACCUUUGCGUCGACCGAGUGAUGUCAAGUCCAAAGAGUCUCAUUCGGCAGCAGACAGCGACAGUGACUCUGACCCCGAGGAAACCUCCAGCUCAGUACCAGCCCAAAAAAAUGAAGAACAAAGUGUGAACCGAGCAAGGGACGACUCUGACUCAGAUGAAGUCCCUGCGGCUCUGCUCGAGCGAGCAGCCGUAACACAAAGCUCUGACGAACCCCAGAGCGAUGAGAAUGGUGGGAAAGCGUCAACAAAGGUGGCCAAGAAGUGUCUCUUUUGGCUCACUAAGACCACCCCGAUGUCACCGGAGAAGAUGCGCCGCAAACGCAAGAUGUUGGACCGCUCACCUGAGUCUGACUCAAGUAACAGAAGAGUAAAAUCACGAAGGGGAAGUGGGACAGAUUCCUCUAGUGAUGAUCGAGAUUCACAGAAGAAACUACAACACUUGAAUACGCUGAGGCCGAUCGGGAAGUCUCACCUAGUCAAAAGGGAAGAUGAAGGUGUGGCUAGAAAGCAGGGUAGGCUACAGACUGGGAAGUCUAAGGCUAAAUCUCAUCAGAAAGCAAUGGAGUCGCCAUCCUCGUCAAGCGGAGAUGAUGAUGAUGACGCCGACGACGACUCUGGAAGUGAAGGAAGUGAUCAGAAGAUGAAGCCAAUCACUGAAGAAGUGGCCUUACUGGGGGCAGCAGCAUUCCACCAAUCAUCAGGAGAUGAGGAGCAGUCUGGGCCCUCGUGGGCAGCAGAGGAUGAUGAUGAUGAAGAUCCAGAAAAUAGAAUCGCUAAGAAAAUGCUAUUGGCCCAAAUCAAAGCCAACUACUCCUCGGGCGAUGAUAUCUCUUCGGAUGAGGAGACGCAGGAGGAUGAAUCGGAGGAUGAGAAGGUCAAACCAGGAAAGAAAGAUAAUGAAACGGAUGAAAAUGAAGAAGAAUUGACUUCAGACUCAUCUGACACCAAGUCAGAUGGGCCCAACUCCAGGCACCAUCUUCUCCGCCACAAACUGAGCUUAGAUGAAAGAACGCCAACUGACAAGGCCAGGGCCGAGGGUGUAGUAGCAACGCCGGAGACCAAGCAAAGAGCCAGCAGCGAACACCUGAGCUCUGAUAGUGAAAGUGAUGGUGACAGAAACGAGUCAGAGCUGGAGGAUCUUGGGAUGUGCGAGGAGCUGAGUCAGUCCGAGGAUGAGGACGGUGGAAACGGACCUAAAAGCUCCAGAGUAUCCCGUAAAGUGAAGGAGGCACCCAGUAGUGACGAGCAGAAGACACCAGUGCCCUGCAUUUGGUUGUCUGACUCCAACAGUGAAAAGAGUGAUAAAGAGGAUGCAGAUGAGGAGAACAGCGACGGUAAAGGCACCCCUAAAGGAAGAAAAAAGAUCCGCAGAAUCAUUGAUGAUGACAAUCUCCGUGCUGAGACCCAGGAAGCCCUCAGAGAGGAGCAGGAGAGAUGCAAACGUCUGGCAAGCAGGGAGCAACAGAUGGAGGACAGGAGAGAGAUUAUUGUGAUAGAGGAUGAGCUGUCUCAAGUGGUGUGCCCCAUCACCACCAAGCUGAUCCUGGAUCAGGAUGAAGAGACAAAGGAGCCUGUUGUUCAGGUGCACAGGAACCUGGUGACGAAACUGAAGCCUCACCAGGUGGACGGUGUCCAGUUUAUUUGGGACAGUUGUUGUGAGUCUGUGAAAAAGGCCAACUCUGCUCCUGGAACAGGCUGUAUAUUGGCACACUGCAUGGGCCUGGGAAAGACUCUGCAGGUGGUAACUUUCCUCCACACUGUGCUGCUGUCAGAGAACCUGAAAUUCAAAACGGCCCUGGUCGUAUGUCCGCUGAACACUAUCCUCAACUGGGUCAGCGAGUUCAAGAAAUGGCAAAGCAACAUGAAAAAGGAUCAAGUAAAAGUCACAGAACUGGCUACAAUAAAGCACCCUCCAGAACGAAUCAGGGCUCUUCAGAGGUGGCAUAGAGACGGAGGUGUUAUGAUAAUGGGGUAUGAGAUGUUCCGCAUCCUGUCACAAGCCCAGAAAAUCAAGGAUGAGGAGGGCAAGAAAGAGUUGAAGAGCAUACUGGUGAAUCCAGGUCCAGACUUUGUGGUUUGUGACGAGGGACACAUCCUGAAGAAUGAAAGAUCCAAUAUCUCCAAAUCUAUGAAUGCCAUCAAGACCCAGCGGAGAGUGGUGCUAACUGGCACACCACUACAAAACAACCUGAAUGAGUACCACUGCAUGGUCAAUUUCAUCAAGAGGAAUCUACUGGGCUCGCUGGGUGAAUUCAGAAACCGCUUUAUCAACCCCAUACAGAACGGCCAGUGUGCUGACUCCACAUCAAGAGACGUCCGAAUCAUGAAGAAACGAGCACAUGUACUUCAUGCAAUGUUGGUUGGAUGUGUGCAGAGAAGAGAUUACUCCGAGUUGACUCAGUUUCUGCCUCCCAAACACGAGUAUGUGCUGGCAGUGAGGAUUUCUCCACAUCAGUACAAGUUGUACCGCUACUACCUCGACCACGUCACCGGUAUGGGCUCCAACGCUAACACAGCUAAGAUGAGAACUGGAGCAAACCUGUUCAAGGACUUUCAGGUGCUCAGCAGAAUUUGGACUCAUCCCUGGUGCCUUCAGCUCAACUACAUCAGCAAAGAAAAAAAGGGAUAUUUUGAAAAGAAGAACAAAAUUAAAGCGGCAGCUCUGUGGAGACGUGAAGAAACCACUAGGGCUGCAAGUGGACUGAGAGAGAACGAAGGAAAAGCAGCUCAUACCAGUGACGACAGUGCAGCGGUUAUUGUUGGUGUGUCCACAGGCGCUGCAGCAGUGGAAGGAGAGAAAGCAACGGUCAGCUCAAGGUCUCAGAGUCAGGAUGAGGGCUGGUUCAAGAACCUGCUGUCUGAAGAGGACGCCAAAAUCAUGGAGCACUCAGGGAAGAUGGUGCUCUUGUUUGAGAUCCUCAGAAUGGCUGAAGACUUGGAAGAUAAAGUGCUUGUGUUUAGUCAGUCAUUGAUCUCCUUAAACCUGAUUGAGGAUUUCCUUAAGGCUUCUCACCAUGCAAGACACCCAUCGUCAUUCAAAGCGGGCAGCUGGAUCAAAAACAUUGAUUACUAUCGUCUUGAUGGCUCCACCAAUGCCAUGUCAAGGAAGAAAUGGGCAGACCAGUUCAAUAAUGUCUCCAAUGUUCGCGGGCGAUUAUUUCUCAUCUCAACGAGAGCUGGCUCACUUGGCAUCAACCUGGUUGCAGCCAACAGGGUCAUCAUCUUCGAUGCCUCAUGGAAUCCCUCAUAUGACAUACAGAGCAUUUACAGAGUGUACCGCUUCGGUCAACUGAAACCUGUGUUUGUUUACCGCUUCUUGGCUCAGGGCACCAUGGAGGAGAAGAUCUAUGAUCGUCAGGUGACCAAGCAGUCUUUGUCCUAUCGAGUCGUGGAUCAGCAGCAGAUUGAGAGGCACUUCACCUUUUUUGAACUGACUGAACUUUACAUAUUUGAGCCAGACCUGCUGGACGACCCAAACUCUAAGAAAAGCAAAAGAACCACCCCUGUGUUGCCGAAGGAUAAGGUCCUGGUACAGCUAUUAGAGACAUGCAAAGACCAGAUAGUGUCUUUCCAUGAGCAUGAAUCUCUGUUGGACCAUAAACAAGAGGAGGAGCUCAGUGAGGCAGAACGCAAAGACGCCUGGGCCGAGUACGAGGCCGAGUCUUCAAACCCUCCAGCCAGCUUGAACCAGAACCUCUUGGAUACGAAGACCAAUGAAGAGCUAGUGCAAUUGCUGAACAAGAGCAGAGCAGAUGUAUCAAUGGCGUUCCUGUCAAUGCAGAGGAUGACUUCUCAAACUAUCGAGGACUACAUGUUACGACUGAGGCAACAGUAUCCUCAGCUGCCUGAGGCCGAGGUUAUGGCCAAAGCUGAGACUUGGAAAGUGUUUGAUGAGAACGAGCAGGGACGUAGACAGGCCCUCUAUCGAGACAUUCUUGCACGGCAACAAACGCUCACACUCAGCAUUCAGGCCAUACUGAACAGUCGAAGGAAGCAAGCGAUGCAGACGACCGUGAGCACUGUGAUCCAGCCUGGACAGACUUGAAAAAAGAAAUCAGCGAAUCGAAUGUAUGUUUUUCCACUAUGGUUCUAGAGUGAAUCAAUCAAUCAAUCAAUUAAAACAGCAACACAUUAUCAGAUGUUUUAUAAUCAUAUUUCCAGUCUUUGGGAUUUUAAGUAUCGUAAUUUCAAAAAUAGAGUUCAGAUACAAAGACAGAUUUGUUUUGUAACACUUUGAGCACUUUAACUUACACAUUGAUUAAGUUGUACACGUGUCUUUUUAUAACGAGUUUGCAAAAAACUGUGGAGUUAGCUGCUUUGUACCAAAAAUACUUUGUGUAAUCCCUUUACACACAGUAGGUUUGCUGUGUAUGCCUUAAAAUAAUUUUACUGUAACUGUUUUUUUCUACGGAAUAGUUUGACAUUUUAUGUGUCUGUUACCAGUUCUUACAAUUAUCUAAUAAAUUAACAAAAUAACAGAAAACCGGUUAUUUUUUUAUUUUGUUAAUCUUGUUUGUCAGCCAGCCACAGGCCAUGACAGAGUUAGCAAAGAUGUUUUUUAAUCUGGUAUAAGAGGACUAGGGUUAAUUGUGAUUAAAUCUGUAUACAAAAAAAAACAACUUUCAGUUGUGAAAGAGUCCUGAUGGAAUUGUGCAGGACAAUGAAUUAGAAACUUUUUGUGAGGAAAACAAAUUCUUCUCUUUUCAAGAAUAUCUUCCUCUGAAAUCAUAUUCAAUGCAUAUGUAGCUCAAAUGUUGUGAUUGUGUGUAGCUUUUCAUUUGAAUCAUCAGUUAGAUUUAAAGUAAUGUGCUUCGAUGCAUUUUAUCAAAGAAAAAUUCUAUUUACAAUUUACAUUUAUGACAUAAAGCCAAGUCUCCUUCCGUUGAUUGCUAGUAGAAACAGAGCAGCUGUUCAGCCCGAGUUGUGCCCCGGAGAGGAAGACUCCAUGCCUGUAAGUUUUUGUUAAUUAAUGCGAGCAAGCCAGCUGCAGAGAUGUAAACCCUUCAA